GUGUAAUUUACUAGUGAUAUCAACCUUACAUAAAUAAAAUAAAAAUAAAUAAAAACAAAAAACGGCUGGAAUGGGAUUUUUCAUAUAAUAAUUUUCUGGCUUUCCUUCCAGUAGUCCACAUCUUCUGGCCAAGAAUUUUAGACAAGGACCCAGACGACUGUGGGUAUCUGCUUCUUCCUGAUGGCAAAUGCAAUGGCGUCUCACUUAAUCGCAUUCCGGAAGCCGCAGAUGAUGCAACAUCAUCAGAUUGUGUGCAGAAAGAAGGAAAAAGGUCGAGAUCAGAAUUAUCCCUAUAAAGUCAUCGAAGUUACUCCUCCUCCUAAAAGCCUUGGCGUUCGCUGCUUUCCUCCUAACUUGCAAUGUGGAGAUGGUGUGACAAUUGAAGGGCAAAAUUACACAAUCUCAGCAGUAACUCACAGGUAUCAGCUUCGAAAAGGUAAAUAUGAACCUUUUGAGAAGAGGCUUGAUGUUCUCUCCACUGGAAGAUACAUAUUGAAUUUAUAUCUUGAAAAUUUAUUAGAACAAUCUUAAAGAAACAAAUCAAGUAGAUUAAAAUGUAAAUCCGACUUUUAGGUCAAAUAAGAGAAGUGUACAACUUUUACUACUCAUGAUGGUAUCGUAUUAUUACUGCAUGUUAGUUAUGUUCAAUACUAGAAAAUUAUGCUAAAAACGAACUCAUCAUCACACAUAAAUCAUCAUCUAUCACUAAUGACUUUUUCGUCCCUGUUUCCGUUUUAGUAUAAACUAGACACGGUGGAAGUAAUGGACUUAAGAAAUAAUAGAAAGUAAAAGGUAACUUUUUCAGUAGCAAUAGAAACUUAGGAGGACUUAAGUUGCCAAACCACAAAAGUCAGGGACAAAAUUGAAACUUAGGAGGACUUAAGUUACCAAACCACAAAAAUUAGGGACCAAAUAGAAACUUGGGAGGACUUAAGUUGUCAAACGACAACAUUCAGAGACCAAAGUUACUAAAUAGCGAAGUCCACCGAAUUUGCUACUUAGUAUAGAUAUAAUGACCUCUGGUUGAAACUUGGUUUUCUUUUUUGGGAUAAUGAAAUAAAUGGAUAACAAACUAUAUAAAAUGUUUAAAAAAUAUCAUCAAACUAAAUAAAUGUUGUCACAAGGUAAC